UAAGCGGCGUUUUUACUUGUAAAGCUAUAUUGUUUUAGCUCUGGUUGCAGCUUUGAUAAAGUUUUGAAGCAUCUUAGUUCAGGAGUAUUCCUUUGUUUCUGCAUUGGUGCCCACGGUGUGCAGAAAGCGAGCAACCAGUGCGCAUGGCACAAGGCAACACGGCUGGACUAAAGUGAAAAUGCAAAUCAUCUGUUAACUGAGGACAUUCAAUAAGAAUGCACGGGGAUGUCCUUUUUUUCCCUCAGCCAAAUGCACAACCUAAAUGUCUCAUUUUAUCUGCUGCCCUUCUUCUACAGUGGUGGGAUGCAGUCGUCUCCGAUUUUUAGCGGAGAGAUCUUUUACCAUAUAGGACGUAAUGUGCCACCGUAACGUCCACAGUAAAGCUGCAGAUCUACACUUCCCCAGACCAAGCACACAUUAGGUCAGAUGACUUCAUGUGUGAGCGGGAAACGGCUUUUCUUGCGGCACAUAAAUUUGUAACAUUCAUCAUUUCCAGCGUCAGUGAAACAUUUUGGUGCAGGGGACCCGGAGGAUCCUACUACUGCUGCUUGCUUGCACUGCACAAAGAAGCGUUCAGCGCGUCCGGUUGGAUUGGAGCUGCAGUGCACUUCACACUAACUGCAUUGCCACAACUGUAAGAGACAUGUAUCCAUCAUGAAACAAUGCGCCGGCAGCUUUUCUUAUGAACUCUUUCGUGGAUCUGCAGACUUCCAUCCACAAGUGGAGCGUUUUUCCAUCAGCUACAGAUAAAAUCACUUCACAACUAAAAUGGGACAACGUGGUGGGCUAAGUGGAGGAAAUGUUGCCUAUAGAAGUGCAGUGAGAGUGCAGGGAAGUGACUUCCAGUGGACACCUGCAGACAAGUGAAUGCCGUCUCCGAUGUGGAGCUUGUCGCUGUCCGACGCGCGCGUGGUGCUGAAAUUUGGAUGAUGCCUGGCCAGCGACUGCAAGGCUGCCGCUCCUUGCACCUCAACGAGGACAACGGCCGCUUCGUGCUGCUCGCCGUCCUCAUCGUACUGUAUCUGCUGUGCGGCGCUGCGGUCUUCUCGGCCAUAGAGAGGCCUUCGGAGCUGCGGGCUCACGGCCGCUGGAACGGGACGCUCCUCAACUUCAGUGAGACCUUCAACAUCAGCCUGCAGGACCUCAACUCCUUUCUGCGGGAGUACGAGGCUGCCAUCGCCGCCGGGAUCCGGGCUGAUGCUCUGAGGCCACGAUGGGAUUUUACAGGGGCUUUUUAUUUUGUUGGAACAGUGGUGUCGACUAUAGGUUUUGGGAUGACAACGCCUGUGACAGUUGCAGGCAAGGUGUUCUUGAUCUUUUAUGGGCUUCUGGGCUGUGCUGCCACCAUCCUCUUCUUUAACCUCUUCCUGGAGCGUAUCAUCACGCUGCUCGCUGUAGUAAUGAAGGCGGUGAGGGAGCGUCGCAUCAGGAAUAGUGGUCUACUCCCGCCAGGCAUCCGCCAUGACUUCUCAGCCUAUUCCCUUCCCGGCUGGAAGCCCUCCGUGUACCACGUGAUGCUGAUUCUCGGCCUGUCAGCCAUUACCAUCUCCUGCUGUGCAUCAGCCAUGUAUACCCCCGUUGAGGGCUGGCCGUACUUAGACUCACUUUACUUCUGCUUUGUCACCUUCAGCACCAUUGGAUUUGGGGAUUUUGUCAGCAGUCAGAGCGCGGCUUACGAAUACCAAAGCCUCUACAGAGUGGCCAAUUUCCUCUUAAUUUUAAUGGGCGUGUGCUGCAUCUACUCGCUCUUCAAUGUCAUCUCUAUUGUCAUCAAGCAGGUGCUCAACUGGAUUCUGGAGAAAAUGAGCUGCUUGUUUUGCCAGCGCUGCAAUAAUGCCAGCGCCCUCCUGGGCAGACGAAAUGCCAUCCGCCCGGGCUCCAAGGCUCGCCAGGGUCGACUUGGCCAGCUGCCCGACUCAGAUGGACCUUGUGAUAGUGAUAAUGAGGGACGCAGACUAUCAGGGGAGAUGAUCUCAAUGAAAGACUUAGCUGCCUCUAACAAGGUGUCGCUGGCCAUCAUGCAGAAGCAGCUGUCUGAGUCGGCCAACGGAUAUCCCAGGACAGUCUGUGGCAGCUCACGCCAUAAUGGUUUCUCUGGGGGGGUUGGCGCCCUCGGUAUCAUGAACAACAGGCUGGCAGAGACAAGUAACUCCAGGUAGAGGACACAGUGAGACAGGAAUUAGGGGAACUCUUGAUUCUCAUACUGUGUAACAAACCCUGAGGUUGAUUGCCAUAGAAAAUACCUAAGGCUUUUAUGAUGGAUUGCCAGUGUAACUUGUUAUGCAUGAUACAUAUAAUUUUCUUGGGAUACUUUUGGUUGAAAUUAAAAGCCUGUUUUCAUAAUACAGGUAAUGAUGGGGAUGGUUCUGGUGAUGAUUUGAUGACGAUGGCAUGAGAGAACCACAUAUUCAACUGCUGAUCUGGAAGCGUUGGGACCACCCAUCACCCAUUACAUUGACCUCAAACCCAACCCAGAACAAAUCACUGAGAUGUCUGCAGAGGUCUGUUACAGUAUAUGCUCAAUAUAUCAGACUUAUACAAGUGAAGUGCUGUUAGCGGAAGCAUACGGUGCAAUCUUCAACGUGUUGGGCUUUUGUCAUUUUCUUUGAAUGUAUAUAUGGACUGCUGUCAUUAACAAGACAAGUGUUUUCACUGAAUGACAUAGCACAUACUGAUCUAUGCAUUAUACUUCUCAUGCAUUUUUUGCACCAUUUCUACAGCUUCCAUUAAUUGUGCAAACCCCAUUUCUUUCUUGAGAGUCAAGUUGUACCCUCAGGUGAUUGAUUUCCUUUCUGUGGGCAAGUGUGGGAAGUAUAUGUAGCUGACUCCAACAGGCCUGUAGAGAGUAAUUUCCUGUUGCUGAAGAUGGAGAAAAGAGCAGAGUUGAGUGAAGAAUGAAAAUGCAUUUCUGGUGGAGGGGAACUGGCCUUCUUAUCAGCUCAGAAAAUGCUUGGGCGGCCAAAGACUUUGACUUGAAAGGUAAAAGAAGGCAUUACUUCCUCUCUCUUCUUUAUCAAGCUUAUAGCUGUCUGUGAGGAAAACAAAUGAUAAAGGCUUGCAAUUUAUGAAUAACUAUUUGAAUGCCAAAUGUAGUAAUGUAAAUGAUAAGUACUUUUUUAGUUAGUUUGAAGUGAAAAAUGAGGGAGAGGAGGUCGAAUAUGGAUGGUGCGAUCCUGUAGGCACAUUGUGUUAACUACAGAUUGAAAGUAACCUGGUCAAGCUCAGAUGCUGGAGUGGAAGACAAAACCCAAAAGAAUCUUCUCACUUGAAUUAUUUAUGUUUUGGGGAGAUUUUCUGUUUUCAUGCAGGAAGAUUGACUUUUUUGCAGAUGCAUGGCUCUCUCUGUGGAACAAAGCAUGAUACUAAGACCCUCGGAGGUUGAUUUUCCUCAAUUUCAGAGUAGAUGUGUAGCCGAGGUUUAAUGGAUGGAGGGUAUUUGCGCAGGAUGCUGUGCUACCCUGUCAGGCCACACGAUCAAUAUUCUUUGGGCCGGCAACUAUCAGGGCACUUGUGAUUUAAAGCCCUGUGAUGUGUGUUUGAUGUUCGGAAACAGUGAGAAAGAGAAGGAGAUGUUGAUAGUUAACUUGUCCAGGAGACGGUGAUGUAGGUAGUGAACUAGAUAGAGGGGUUGGGGACAAUAGUAGAGGUACAGGAGGGGAUGUAAAAUUCAUGCCCAAUCCAAAUAAAUGGCACUCUCAGCCAAGGGCUCAACUUUUCCUGGCGUCGAUCUUCAAGAUCUAAUAUCCUCCCAGGCCUCUCACCUCUUUUUUCUCUGUCAUCUGUGCAUUCACUUUACACACACUGCACCAAACCCUCCUGCCUGCUCUUUCACACAGAUCUCGGCUCUCUCCUCACCCUCACACUCAUCCCCUUUACACUGUGAAUACGAUGAGACAUGCAAUAAAUGUGUGUGUGUAUAUAUAUAUAUAAAUAUAUAUACAGUAUAUACACACACAUUGCAUUGACAUGUCUUAAAAAGCGUUUUUUACAAUAAGGCGUGAAUUGGAUCUGUCCUUAGUUGAUUUUCAUCCGGUAAUAAUUUCCUUUGCUCCCCAAUCUCAACAAGAGAAAUAGAGAAAAUGACUCAGGUAGUUAAAUCUUCAGGCUUGUCAUAGUUUUUAAGUUUUUCCUGCAUGCUAUUAUGGUUAAGCCAUACAAGAUAGCUGUAUAUAUAUAACAGAGGACUCUUUAAAGUCUAUUUUUCUACAUAUAGCUAUCAAAAAUCUUCAUGUGAAUGAUUGAAUAGGUCAAAGUCUCUCUUACCCGGUCAGCAGAUUGAUAAGACGCACCAUGCCGAACUUAAAUACCCUCUAGAAACUAUGGUUACAAAGUGGACACAGGUUUUCCAGGUGUUAAAGAGUAGUUUGAUAUUUUGAGAAAUAUGCAUACCGGUAUUGCUUUCUUGCAGAAAGUUAGAUGAGUAGAUUGAUACCACUCUCUUGAAGCCUGGGGGGAGGGGGUCUGUCUGUUGCCUCACUGUUUAGCAGUGACAUUGCAGGCAUAGAAAAGUGUCAAACCCUGGGACAUUUGAGCGGGAGUAAGGGCAUGCUGCAGCUAAUGACAUACUGUGGUAUGCAUUCAAUGGUGUUCCCCUGCUGUCAUAUACCGUGGUGGAGGUUCUGCUGGCACUUCUCUAGAAUAAUGAUUCCUGGUCCUAAAUUAUGUUGUAUGUGAAUCUUCCUUUUCCCUCUGAGGCUUGAGGUUACAAUAGAACAGGUUUCAGGAUUGCUCGCAGAUUUAUAAAAGCCUUUGUAGCCGUUAGGGUUUAACUGCAUUGUAUCUUUACCUAACCCUCGACUAGGAGCAUGUGUUUAUGUAUGCAUUUGUCCAAAUUGGUGUGUAAAGGACUGAAAAUGAGAAAUAAAAGACUAUGAUUUGUUAUCUUAAAUGCUUCUCUAAACAUGAGUCCCCCAGAAGAUAUUCAACUUAAUAUAAUAUACCAUUAAAUUGUUGUUUCCUUAAGCCUGGAACACAUCAAAUUUUCUUAGACAUUGAAUAUAGUAUUUAGAGUAAUGUUUGCUCACCUAAAAGGCAUGCGUGGCUUGAAAUCAAUUGCCUUACUUAAGUCCUUGCAUAUUACAAAAUGGUUCCUUAUUAUGAAGAUUAUAGUGUUUAGAGCUUGUGUGAUGUACUAUAUAAACAUUUUGCAUUUUGCAAAAUUGAUCUCCAUUGAUUUCAAUGGUUUUAACUGCCCCGCUGUCCCCUGUAUCUUCUGUAAGAAGAGACAGUUGGUCUUAGGAUUUGCUGAAUGUUUAUGUUUGUUAUCAACAGAAAUGCCUCUUAAAUGUGAUAUCACAGAUUUUUCUUUCUAGUGUAUUUAAAUCCUUUCAUGUUCUUGUCAAACACAAAUUUAGAUUGAAAUGAUGCAAAGUUUUCAAGCCCACACUAUUACAUUAGAACAUAAUAUGGGUGAAUUAGCAGACUUGGAUCACAGCGCUGCAUGAUUCGCAGUAAAGUUGUUAGCAUUAAUUUAAUCUUGAAUUGUUAAUAACAACCCUGCUUCUGUUUAUUCCAGUCAACACAUAUUGUACUGUAGUGACACUGGAAAAUGUACCCUGUAGUAUAGUCCCAUUAAAAUGUCAUGCUCCACAGCCAUUACAAGGCUCAUAAUAAAUGUGUUUGAAAUAAGCAGAGACUGGAGAUGUGGUUAGUGUUAAUCUUGAACGCUGUCUAUGGUAAUGGUAUAUUAUUAUUUAUUCAGCAAAGCUAUUCUUUCUUUGUGAUCAGAGUAUAUACAGUGCUGUGUUUGCUCCAGUUUCCUCUGAAGAAGAAUGCGUGAAAGCUUUUAUAUACUGAGACUGUUAAAGCCGCUUAUUUCAGGAACACAAUGUAUUUACAUGCAUUUGGUUGGAGCACAAGCGGUAAACAGCUGAGUAGUUCAGUGACAGAAUGAUGUUUAACAAGAGUGAAAUUGUUGGCUUUGAUUUGGAGCUUGAUUUCCAAAUUUGCAGGAUGAAAGCCCGCCUGAUGUCUUUUUUAUGAUCAAUGAUGGUAUGGAGCCACAAACUACAUUAAAACAUCAAUUUAAAAACAAUUUCAGGUGCCUGUGAUCCACAGUUAUGUUGACCUUUGGCUUUAUCGACAUAAUUAUACACCGUGUGUCUCAUGUUGCUUGCAGUGUGGUGUAACAUCCAGUUAAUGUAUGCAAAUUCCUUCUGUUUGCAAGUUGCACAUUUAUACCAAUGAUUGUACUUUUAUAUUUAUAUAAUUAAAGUAAAACCUAUGAAACAAAAA